UUGUCACACAAGUUAUUUAAAAGAAUGCGACUGAUUACUUAUUUUAUUUGAAUAAUAAAAGCUUUCAAUUUUCCAUAAAUCGUAGUUUCGUUUGGAAUCCCAUAGAUACAUAUCGUUUGAAAUUUCGUAACUAGUUUUUAUCCUGCGUUUACACGGAUCUGUCGGUUGAGAUUAAGCGCAAUGUUUACCUUUCCAUUUACCUAUCUUGGUUGAAGCCUAAGGCAAUGAUCAUUUAGUAUCCGGGCAGUUACAAACGUGUGUAUUUUAAAAACUAUUCAUUUGAUCGAAAAACUUUCUAUGGAGUAAAUGAAGGUGUUAAUAUGAUAUUUAAUGUAAAAACAUAAAACAAAUAUUUAUCAAUGAUUUCAAGAAAUACUCUAACUUUUUCAAAAAAUCUUUUUUUUUGUCUUUGCACACUUUCUUCAGUCAUGUAUUGAUUUAUUUUUUAAUACCACAGAAGCAAAACCUUUGCAAAAUCAUGAUAUUUUACACAAACUCACCUAGAAAAAGCAAUUGGAAUCUGGUUGGAACCUUUUCAUGAGUAGGCAUCUCGAAGAAUUUGACAUCUUAAAUUCGGUUUAAACAUAAAUUUCCCGGUCCAUCAGAACACAUCUGUUAGAUUGCGUAAAAACCAGAUUUACAGAUCGCGAUCUUUGGAACUGAUCAUUAUUAGUUAUUUACUUGGUGUCUACUAAUCAGGCAACACUUUUUGCCUGCCGGAAAUGGAUGUUUUGCAUUAUUUAAAGAGUUUGCAUUCAGUUAUCCCCAAUAACCAUAGACUUUUUACCAUAUUUAAGAUCAAGGGUUGCAUUCCGAUGGUUGGUUUAAACUUCGUGUUGAUCCUAGAGUGGCUCCUUAUACUUCUUAACCAUUUGGUCCGAAAAAAAAAUCAGAAAAAAUCAACAGUCAUUAGCUUUCAAGUCAACAAUGAAGAAUUUUCGAGGCACAAAAUGCGUAAAAUGAGUAAAUUUGUGCAAAAUUAUUUUAUCCAUGUCUUUUUGCAUCGUAAAUAUCUCAAACACAUGUUAACUUAAAAAUCUAUCAAAAAUAGGCAAGAUAGUCCUUUUCAUAACCAAUACAACGCUACUAAAGUUUUGCAUGUCCGAGCUCUAUUAACGUAGCUAUUAUCGAAAUAAGGUGCCCGGAUACUAAAUGAUCAUAGCCUUAGUCCACACAUAGGAGACGGUUCGUCUCGAGACGGUCUCAGCGUCUCCCAUUUUCUUCGGGAGACACUGAGACCGUCUCAGGUUUCCAACAACAGGCAACAAAGUUCGUCUCAUAACAAAAAUCGCAGUUCAUGUUGCCUAGUGUGGACUAGGCUUUAGUUUUCUUUAAAUGUAGAACUUUUCUUUUUUUUUCGCAGCCAUGAACAUGUUUUGAUAAUCAAACGUACGAUACAUGUGUAUGCCCAAGUGCUCUCUAUCUAUCGAUAAAACCGCUAACUUUCGGGUCGCACAGCGUUAAAGCAAAGUAAUGGAGACAGGCGAUUCGGCAACGCUACCGCUGGGUUCCACGAGCACUCCGCUGGUAAGGCCGAAUACUUUGUUGCCCCCGGAGAAAGAGCCAGUAUUCUUCCAUAUCAAUCUUAUCGGUGCUCCGCCGGAGGUCGAACAGUUGAUCGAACAUAUAAAAUCUGUUGCCGAGCAGUUUCUGUACCACUGGAAAACUUUCCCAAUCAAUCUGCCAACACCCCUGUCAAUCAAUAACCAGGUGGGCGGAAGUUCGGGACAUGUUGGUGCAAUUGUAGCUGGAGGUAACAAUACAUCCAGUACCAAUAGGAAAUCACGACCCAUCAACCUGCGCGAUUUGUUUAUUGCGCCCUCCUUCGAUGAACUGGAUGCGGUUGCGGCCGAUGGGACGGGUGAGCCGCGCCUUCUCAACAACACACAGCUGCGUUCGUUACGCGAGAGAGGCUUGCAAAAGGACAGAUUCGGCAAACCGAAGAAAUUAAAUUUGGAACAAUUGGACUCGAUACAGUUGACAGGGGAGUUCGAGGUUCCCAGUUUGAAUUUCCCGGGCCAAAUGCAUCGCUGGAGGUUGUCCCAGAUUCUGCAGAAAGGCUCCGAGAGAACACGCAACUCAUUGCUAAACGAUCUAGCCCUUUCAGCUCGCUUUCUGGUAAUCACGGCCAAGAGUCGACUGACAGGGCACUUUUUCUCCCUUGCUCAUGCAGCCCAUGCUUUGUUGCUGGGUUUAGUCAAGCUUGUCGACAUGAUCGUUGGUGUUCCCUCACUCUUGGCCCAUAAUUUAGAUAACAAGAUUAAAGAGGAAAGGUGUCGAUUUUUAGUUGCCGAGCUAGUUUGUAGAAACGAGUACGAAGACUGUUUGGAUUCGUUGUGCGGUUACGUACGGCAUCAACUGCGACGUGCUACUAUGGAAAAGUUCGAUGUCAAUUGCCAACAGGCACAGCCCGUCCCGUAUUUGUACGUGACCCCUAAAGGGCAGGACAUCGAUUUACGAUUGUUUUCCAAAGACAUCAUGCGUAAAGCGCUACCAAUAUUGGUGGGCAUUCUGGAAAAGGAAACACGUGGUUGGUUUUUGCAUUUUCGCGAACGACUGAUUGCCGAGUUGCGUGAGCGCAAAAUGACCGAUGCCGAAAUCGAGGAGGAAGUAAACGAUGCUGUGAUGAAAGAAUAUUUGCAACGAGUCUACACCUCGAUAUUGACCAAUUCCGAUCUGGCAGAUUUAGGCGAAAACAUUCCUCAACUUUUGGUGCAACAGGCUCAAUCUGUAGUCAUAAUGCAUAAAGCUGUCGACAAGAUUCAAAAAGAGUUGAAAAAAUCCCGAGAUGAACAAAGAAAACUGCUAGAAGAGCAACAUCCUGUCCUGUCACAGAUUACCCCUUGGCUUCGCACAAAAUUGGAGAACGCAGAACAGACCAAACUUUCCAAGAUAACCUGGGGUGCCCACGAGGAAGCUUUGAAGAUCGCACAAAAGCACAACUUGCAUCAGACGGUUUACUUUUUGAGCCGUGAUUUGGCGUUUAUGAAAGAGCGAGAGCCGGUUCUUUUGAAAGAACUGAAAAAUGCCAAAACCCCUACGAGAAAUUUCCAGUGGGCCUGCCGCAUAUGGUCACCUAAAUCAUGGAUUAUUCGACGAAGUUUCCAGGGCCACUCGGAAAUCAUUCCUACUGUAAUUACUCAACAGGCCACCUCGAUAGUUACACCUCGGUCCGACCCCAGUCAACCGGUGUUCCUGGUCGAAAAAGAACUCGUACGAUCGACUAGCACACGUUGGCCAAUGUGGCGUCUGUUGAAUCUCUUCCAGAGAACGUGGACUUGGACAUGGAAUAUAAUGUUUCUGUUGGGUGUCAUUGUGCCAUGGUGCAGCUCGCUCGGUCUACGUGCAUUGUUCUGUGUGAAACCUUUUAUGGGGGAUCUGGAGUUGUCCCAAGUGAACGGAACGUUAUUUCCGCGAAAAACUAGCAUAACUCAGACUAUGUGUUCACGUUUGGUGGAGUUGUGGAGACACAUUUCAAAGGCACGAACUCAUUUCGAAACGGAGCCAGAUACAGGAUUCGUUGGGAAAGGCAUGACUAGACAUUUGAAUCGCCUUUAUAACUAUUUUAUAAAAGGAUUCCUGGGAUCAUUCCUGAUACUAACUUUAUUUCCUCUAUUGUGCAUAAGUGUUAGUUUGUGCAGUAUUGCAUUCGCCAUUGCAGCGCCCUUGUGGAUGCCUUUCAUAACAGUAACUCUGCACCUCUAUAUGAUGCUGGUGUAUGACUUGGACUGUCCAGACGAAAGUCGGCGUAACAGAUAUUGUAUUUUUCUUGAAGCAGUCGGGUGGAAUAUAGUGGCCCAAGGUUUCGUUCAACCAGUUAUUGCUCUUGUGGUGGCGGUAUUCAUUUGCCCGCUGAUUUCGGUAUUUGUGCUGUUCGUUGGAGUAAGUCGCUACUGGAUUCGACUUUUCUGGGACGCUAUCACGUUCCAUUUGUUUAUCAAAAAAUGCGGCAGGGUACCAGCAAGUGAUAGCUUUGCAGUGAAACGCAUUGCUGGUCCCGGACUAGUAUUGGAUUACUAUUUUGCUAUCAAACCCGAACAGGCAUUGGCAGCCUUCGAGGCGAAAAUGGAACUGGACGAAUUACAGGCAUUUCAACAUUCAAUGGAAACGGUCAUCUGUCAGCCGCAGAAAGACUUCAGCCAGUUUAUUGACGCUUGCUUCGGACCAUUUUCGGCACAGCUUUCCAAAUCGAUGGGACCUUAUCGACAGCUGGAACGCGAAUGUCAAGACCUGAUGACUUCACUGCACGAGAAAUUAGAAAAACGUCGGCGCGAUCUGCAAACCGGACUGACCACAGCUGUGAAAUCACGCAUCAAGCUAAACACUAUGGAAUUAAAAAUCGUAAUUCAGCAGUCAGCAUAUUUACUGGAGAAGUUUUAUCCUUCGCAUGUUAUUGCUCGAUUAUCGAUUAGCGAGGACGAGUUUUGGGAUGCGAAAGGUCUUUCUGUCGGAGAUUGGGCUGGCUUAGCUGGCAUGUUGUAUGCCGACAUUUUCAGCUUAGAUUUCUUGACACCUCUCUCGGAGACCGAUACGCAAUUCAAACUUGAGCCACACGCACAAUUAGAUAUGUUUCGUUACACUGAAAUGGUUCAAAACACCAGCGAUAUAAUGGGUAUAAAUGGUCCAGACUUGUUAGGGAAUGUAUACGCCCCACGAGGCAAUAUUCAAGUACAUUCGCCAUACCUGGAGGUUUCAGCUUUUAAUCCACGCUCGCGAGUAAUGAUCAAUUCCAGAAGAGCGGACAAAAGAAACGAUACAUCGUCUGGCCUAACGACACCUCGGGUGAGGGCUCGAAGAUCUCCGAUACCGACGGCAAAAUCACGAAACAGUUGGAAACCUUGGAAGCGAAAACAGUUGAAGAAACACGUGGCCGACAAGCUGCUUAUACCGUUACCGAUUCCACAUCCUGUUCAUAUAGCCAUAUCAAUAUAUAAUCGGGAUUCUGAUCACCCGAUUCCAAUAGAGUCGGACAUUUGUUGGGAGAUUCUACGGUCCAUAGAAGAAUGCCAAGGCGACCUGGAGGCCAUCGUUCGUUUCAAAGAAUCCGGCGUUGACGGAAAUCGCUCUGUAGGAAUAAGCGUCGAUGGUUUAGCAGCCAUUGAUUCCAGCAUCGACUCUUUGGAUUCAAAUUCAACUAACUCUGGGACCAAGGACAGCAUGGACAUGAUUGCAGGAGCUAGUGAUACGCUUCCUUGUACAAAUAGAGAGGUAACGAUCAUAAUGCCAUCAUCUGCUAUUAAAGAUGUAGACGAGUCUAGAGUCACAACCAAGCGUGACAGUAUUGAAGCGACUGUCGAUGAAACACCUUCUGCACCGUCGCAUUUCCAUUGGACUCUGCGAAAUUGGGGGGCCAAUAGCGAUGGCCAGUCGGUGAUAUCGGCAAGAAGAAGAAAUACAAGCUACACCUACAGUAGCAACACAAGCGGAGGGCCAGGAAAUUUAAAUAGUGCCAGUACAAACUCCCAAAACGACACACAACUCGAACAAAUUCGUGUUGAUCUGGCUAGUCCAGAAGACAUUUCGUUAGAUACUGAUAGUACUAGGGCUGUAUUUAGUGCAGCAUAUGGAACCACAGUUUGAAUUUUAUAAAAUUGAUUUUUUUUUCGUAAAAAAUCAUAUUACUGAUAACUACACUUUCUUUGUGAUAAUUCGAUCAGCACUACUUUUCUCACCUACCCAUAAACAAAUAAUUUUAACGUACAAUGUGAAAUGCGAGUUUAAAACCCGCAAUUUUAAUGUAUAGUUUUUUUUUGUUUAAUAUUCUUAUUCAACAUUAAGAAUAUUUUUUUAACCGAUGAAGUCAUUUAAAUUCACUUUAACCAUUGAUUCCAUCUUUUUGGUUUGUCUAGUCUGUCGCAUUAUAAUUACGUGUUGAUUUUCAGAAUGUCUUUUAAUGUAUGUUUUAAUGUGUACCGAGUCAUGGAAAUGAUAAAAUAUCUGAGUUUAUUUUCUAGAUAACAUAUAUUUAUGAUAUUUAUUGUGCUUUUCCAACUGCUGAAUAUAGAAUAUUUACAGAAAUUAAAUAAGAAACAAAUGAAAAAACUGGUUCGUAUCGAAAAAGUUCGAUGCUCAUAAACUCAAGCGAAAAGGCAUUUAAUGUUGCAUGAUCCAAACCAAAUCUAUGAGUACAUACAUUAAAACAGUAAAAUUAAUAAAACUAGGAAAUCUUUAAAAGCUCGUAUAUUGGUAACAAAAUAUUCGCAGAUUUUUUGUAUUUUAUCAAAAUGCAGUACAAUACUGAAUCUGACACCACUGCGAUGAACUAUUUAGAGGAAAUAGAUUUUUUCUGUCUCAUGUUAGGUCAAUGCUAAAAAUCUUUUUUGCGAAAAAUUUCAGAUUGAAAUCCACUACAGAUAUUAGUUUUCUCACUCUACAGUUUUAUAUAACCGAAGGUCACAGAAGCAGCUUAUAGGCUGAUGACGCACUGACGCGCCGAUUUUAAAGUCAACUUUAGCGAACGAUUGAACAAAUCGGCUUUGGCUUUUUAGUUCCCAAUAUGUGAGAUCUGAGCCUUUCCAAUGGAAAGUAAAUGGCAAUAGUUGAGACGCAUAGAGUCGAGCGCCUCAGUAUGUCAACGUCCAUACUCGGUCAAUUGUGUUUUUCGGAUUCUGAAUUGCUGUAGAAUAGAUAUGAUAUUUUUUAAUCGGUCAUAUUGAAUUGUUAUCUUAAAGUUGCGUUUUUCGACUCCGAAAAACAGAUUCUUUCACAUUUUACGACCUGUUGUUGAACAUAGUUUAACAUGAUUUGCGUACAAAUUAUGAGUUGAUAAUACAUUUUUUUGAAACAUUCAUAUCAUUCCAUUACCCAUGACCCAUCAUAGCGUUCAAAUCGGACUGAAUAUUUCGUAACAAAGUCUCUCUCGCUUGAUAUCAAGCUGUUGGCAAAAGUAAACGAUGAAAUCACCUCAACAAAUAAAAGUCUAAGCAACAUCCAUUUCACACGGCAAAUCAGUCUGCCCUUCAUGUACAGUAUCUCGAAAACCUGGAACCAUUUCAUUCACUUAUAAAUUAGAAAACUAGCUUUAUAAGGAAUUCUCGUUUAACAGGCAAAACACAAAAUGAUCGCAAUAUGUAUCCACUCAUGUUAAGCAAAGCAAAGCAAAAGGUCCAUCUUUUUACUCUAAAUGUAACGAAAACCAAAAAAUAACAUAGAAACACAAACCCAACUGCUCUCUACAUUCAACAAACCUUAUUAUUUAAAUCCGGCGUUUGAAUUAAAAAUUGUGUAUCUGAUGAUUAAGUUUUAGCUACGUCUUUUAACAUUUUAGACCUAAAAAAAUCUCUUCUUACAAAUACCUACUUGUAGGAUUAACAUUAUGUGUGGAUGGAAUAAUAAAUACGAUCAAAACCUGAAAAGCAAAUUUCGUUAUGCUUCACACUUUCUGUGGCCACUUAGUAGUUAUUCAAAACUAAAGGCUUUCGUUUUUGCUUGUGCUUUUCAAGCUGAAAAUCUAGCUUUUACGAUGCGGCCAUUUGACAGAAUGGAAUUCAACAAAUGUCUUUGGAAAUGAGUGUAAGCGAAAAUGAAAAAGUAAAUCUACAACAAACCUAUCUAUAGAAAAACAAAAUGAUUCCUUGCAAGUCGAAUUUCAUUGAUGAAAAACCAAUAAAGUUGUCCACAGUUCUGAAGAGUAUGCUGCAAAAGCUGAAUCUUCUCGGCUACGUA